AUGCUCCAAAGUGUCGAACUCGGGUCAAAUCAAGUGGUCGAGGCGCAGGUGGCUGCAAAAUCGGACAAAAGCAACGACCCUACUAUCAGAUGUACAAUCGAUACGGGGAAAGCUGCUGAGCAGCUUGGCCAUUAUCAAUUUGUGGGCGCUGCAUCGCCUUGGGACGUGAACGAUCAUGGGUCAUCGGCGCUUUACUUCGCUGCCGUAUCGGGUGAUGUUGGUCUCUGUAGAUUUCUGAUAGAGCAAGGCGCCGACCCUCUGUUCGAGAAUCAAUACCACACGUCUCCGCCUGAUAAAGCCGCCGAUAUUGCCGUCUCAUUUGGUCGCAUCAACUGCACCAACACGCUGCAAUUCAAGCCCCUGCACAAGGCUGUGCUCGGCCUCGUUCCUCUCCCUUUGGGACCUCUCCUUGACUGCUCUACUGCAGACAUCAACGUCCAGGACCGAGAAGGUCGUACUGGUCUAUCAUGGGCAAUCACAAGGGACGACAUCGAAUCAUCGAGGCUCCUGCUUGGACACGGCGCCGACGUCAUCAAAUCGGACAACCGAGGGUUCGGUCCAAUUCAUUCUGCCAAAAGUCUUCCCAGUCUCAAAUUGUUGCUUGAUCACAACUUGGACAUCAUGUCGAAAACAGCAGUGGGCGCUACACCCCUCCACUUUGUCUCUAGAUAUGGCCGUCACGACAUGAUAGAACCGAUGGUGAAAGCUCAUGCAGAUCAAAAUGCAGAAAAAGAGCGGAACAUCAUCCAUCUGGCAGCAAUUCAUGGAGAUCGCACAAAAUAG